CCCGGCCCGGAGCGCGGCGGCAGCGCCCGGCUCGGCCAGGAUGAAGAAGCACCAGGCGCACUCGGUGCAGGGCACCUUCAGCCGCCUCUUCGGCAAGCGCCACUCCGGCCCCGGCGCCGCCUCGCUCUUCGCCACCAACCCGCCCUGGAUCUUCACGCAGGAGGUGACCUCGGACAGCGCGGGCGGCACCGGUGAUGUGAUCGAGGUCUAUUACGGUGACAAUCGCUUCGGGACGGUGACAGACUCCGGCACUGCCACGCUCAAGCCCCGUCCCAGGGUCCGGCCGCUGCUGACCUUCCUGCCCCUGAACGCCCAAGAAUCCCAUGGGGUGGCUGUGCCAACACCGUCGGUGCCAGAAGACUUUGUGGAAAAGGCAGCUCUUGGCUCUGGCUCCCAGCUCAAUGGCAACUACCGGAUGUACAGCUCGGCGGGGGACCUGCGCCCGCAGGCCCUCGAUGGGGAUGAGCUGGACGAAGACAUCCCCCCACCACCAUCGGUACCCCCGCCACCCCCUCCGGCGCCCGUGUCACCCCCUCUGGCCUCGCCGGUCCCUCCACCCCCCGAAAUGCUGCCACCGCCGCCGCCACUGCUCCCUGAGAUGGUGCCACCACCACUGCCCCCCGAGAUGGUGCCACCACCACUGCCCCCCGAGAUGGUGCCACCGCCUCCUGCCACGGCAGCCCCGCCGCCUCCCGCCUCUGCCCUGCCCUCCCCCAGCACUCCGGCUCCUCCAGACUUCAUCCCGCCAGCCCCGCCGGGCGCCCGCGACCCCCUCGGCCCCGGCCUGUCCAAGUGGAAGUCCGAGACGGUGCUGAACACGCGGCAGGCGGAGGCCGAGGGGCCGCUGUGCCCCGCCGAGGCCGGGGCGCCCGCAGCCCCCAGCCCCAAGGAGAGCCUGCAGCCCAAGCCCGAGCCGCACCUCACCUUCCCCAGGUCCUUCAAGGUGCCGCCGCCGGCCCCGGCGCGCUCCUCGUCCAUCCCGGUGCAGGAGGGCCAGCGUGGCCAGCGGGAGCCCGUGCCCAGGCAGCCUCACGCCCGGCCGGCCCUGCCACCCUGCUUCACCAUCCGAGCCGCGGGCAAGACGCGGCCGGGAGAAGGCGAGCAGAGGGGUUCCGGGCUCAGACAGGGCGCUGGGAAGCCGCCUGUGCCCCCUCCACUGAGCCCCAAGCCGGGCCCGGGGCUCGGCCAAGCGGUGACUCCCACCGGGCGCCGGUCCCCUCUGCCGGGCGCCGACGGGGAGAAGAUUCCUCAGCUGAAAACAGCCGGGAGAGACUCCCCUCCGAAAUCGGAACCUCUCACUGCGAACGACCUGGAUCUGCCUCCUCCGGACUACCCGACCUGCGAGGAUGACUGGAAGGAUGCCAACAACCUGAACAAGCUGCGGGACGAGCUCUCGGCCCUGCUGCGCUCCCCGCGCCGGGAGGAGAGGCCGCCGGAGAGGCGGGGGGCUCCCCGGCCCGUGGACAGCGGUCCCAGCCACGCUGGCAGCCGUGAGCCGGGGCUCAGCGAGCCCCAGCCCGCCAGGAAGGACACGGGCUUAUCCAAGGGAGGGGAGAGUGAGAAGAAAGAGGCGCCCAGCAGCCCCCCCAGCACCACUGCGGGCUCUCCCAGCGCUGCAGUCACUGCCCCGGAGAGCAGCCCUGACACACAGCCCCGCAGUGUGAUGACAAUCAGGAACGAGCUGGAGGCUGUGCUGUCCCUGAAGAAAGAGGGGAAACCUGCCCCAGGGCUCAGCAGCCAGAAACAGGGUGUGGAGAAUGGCAUCAGCACCCCACAGGUGAGGAAGAGCCCCCCUGACCUGAGGAAGAGCUCUCCUGGCACGAGUGACCCAGUGGUGCCAAAACCAGUGCCCAGCCCACUCCCAGCCCCGGCGACUGCUGUGGAGAAGGAUGAGACACAUCACGAGGAGCAUCCUGCUCCUGCUGCUGCCAAGGUCACAGAGGACGUGAGCCCUGCUCCUGGGUCCCUCAACAGCAGCGUGAGUCCCCCAGAGCCACCCCAGGGACCGGCAGAGGAGCCCUCAGCUCUCAGCCCCUCCUCGGCCCCUGUGUCCCCUGCACAGAGCCCGGCACCACAGCCCAGCUCGGCCGUCUUCCAGUACAAAGUGCACCGGGCAGGGGCCAGCUCGGCCGAGCCGCCCUGUGCCCCGGGCUCAGCUGAGCCGCCCUGCCCCGGGAGCUCGGGCAGGAGCCCCCCGGACACCUCGGCAGCGGGGCAGGAGGAGGUGCUGAUCCACCCGGUGACGGGGGAGCGCGUGGAGCGCGGCUCGCCCAUGGCCCUGCUGCUGGCGGCCCGGCAGCGUGCCCAGCGCGGCCGCCCAGGUGGGGACGGGGCGGCCGCGCUCAGGGCGAAGCCAGCCCCGAGGCUCGGCAGUGCCUCGUCGGACACCGCCUCCCCCAGCUUCUUCCGCCACGAGUCCAAGCCCUUCUCCUUCACCGUGGUGCCUCGGCCGUCGGCGGCCGGAGCAGCGGGCUCCGGCGGGAGCAAAGCCCCGUCCUUCUCCAGCUCCUCGGAGCAGGGCCGGGACGCGCGGGCGGCGGGCCAGGCGCAGCCCCCCGGGCCCCGGCGAGCCGCGGCCUCCAGCCUGCUCCGGGGCCUGCUGGACUCGGGGCAGCCGAGCCGGCCCGGCCCGGCCCGCCACGGAGCGCCCAGCGAGGAGGAGAACGGGGACGCGCCGCUGGACUUCGGCAUCAUCCCCCCACCCCCCGAAUUCAGCAACGAGGCGGACGAGGGUCCCCUCCCCAGUCGGGAGGAGAGCCGCAAGUGCCCCAGCGUCCCUGACAGCAGCCGGGGCUCGGGAGAGCCGCGCUAUUACAGGUGGGCUGGCUACAGCCGCAGCUACGGGGGCAACCGGGAGGCAGCAGCUCCGCUGCCCUCGGAGAAGAGCUGGAGGAACGGCGACUCCACACCCCAGUACCCGGCUUACAGCAGCUCCACCGGUUUCCCCAGCCACGGCCCCAACCCGCGCCCGCUGAUCAAGAAGCGCCUGUACAUGUCGGAGCCCGACAGCUCCUACCCCCGGGCAGCCGCAGCCCCCCGGGCCUCGGGCACCCUCUCCUCCACCCUCUCCUCCUACGGCCCCGGGGGGUUCAGCUCCACGCCCGGGGAGGGGGCUCGCCGCCUGGGCCCUCCCCACAGGAACGGCCCCCCGAGCGCCCAGGGCCGCCGGGCGUCCACGGACGCGGCUGGGAAACCCACGGCGUACGGCGGCGCCGAGGCCAAGUUCAAGGGGCAGAACGGGGACUUCUCGCCCGCCAGCGUGCUGACAGCCAGCAGGCCUGCCCACGGCACCUCGCACUACGGGGGACCCUCCAACACCUUCACGGUCAGGCCGGGCGCGCGCCAGCCCAUCUCCUACGCCUACCAGAGCCACCGGUAG